UUCAGGCUGCUGGGAGAGUUCCAGGAGCAGCGCCAGUGUGAGGCUGCCCAAGCUCGGAGUGGUGCAAAGGUGGUGCUGUCUGGCGCUGCCACCUGCGGGAUCCCUGCUCAUUGCUGAGCCCCUGGUGGUUCACCUCCGAUUGCUCCUUGACCUCCACUUCCGUCGGAAGCCACAGGGAAGACACCUGGACACUGCAGGAGUCAGGAGAUGGAGCCCGUGACCUUUGAGGAUGUGGCCAUGAAUUUCACCCAGGAGGAGUGGGCUCUGCUGGAUCCUUCCCAAAAGCAGCUCUACAGAGAUGUGAUGCAGGAAACCUCUGGGAACCUGGUCUUUAUAGGAGAAAAAUGGAAAGAACUAAAUGUUGAAGAUGAGUUCAAAAGCCCCAGGAAAAACCUAAGAAGUCAAGUGGUUGAGAGACUCUGUGAAUGCAAAGGAGAUAGUCAGUGUGCGGAAAACCUUAAAUGGACUCCAGAGCAUAUUUUGAAGGAAAAAACUCCUCCAGGAGUAAAACCAUGUGAAAGUCCUGUGUGUGGAGAAGUGACCAUUGGUCAUUCAUCCCUAAAGGUGCCCCUGAGAGGUCCCACUGAACGCGAACCAUGUGAGCAUCAGGAAUAUGGAGAGAGGCCAUAUAAUCAGAAGGAGUGUGAGAAAUCCUUCAGCUAUUCUCAGUGUUUGCAGACUCAUGAAAGGACUCACAGUGGAGAGAGACCCUGUGACAAAAAAUGUGAUGAAGCCUUUAGGUGUUCCAGUCCUGUUGGAAAUCACAAAAGGACUCACACUGGUGAGAAGCCCUAUAAAUGUAAGCAAUGUGGGAAAACCUUUGCUCGUUCUAGUAUCCUUGUAGAGCAUGAAAGAAUUCACACCGGAGAGAAACCAUUUGAGUGUAAGAGUUGCGGCAAAAGAUUUACUCGUUCUAGUUCCCUUUACACACAUGAAAGAAUUCACACUGGAGAGAAACCCUUUGUUUGUAAGCAAUGCAGUAAAGCCUUCUGUGAUCAGAGUUCCCUUCGGUACCAUGAAAGAAUUCACAGGGGAGAGAAGCCAUAUGUAUGUAAGCAAUGUGGGAAAGCCUUUGCUUGUUCUGGUACCUUUCGAAAACAUGAAAGAAUUCACAAAGAAGGAAAACCCUACAAAUGUCUGCACUGUGUGAAAGCCUUCCGUUCUGACAGUGCCUUUCGAAAACAUAAGAGAGUGCAUACCGGAGAGAAACUCUAUGUAUGUCCGCAUUGUGGUAAAGGCUUUGUUUAUUCCAUUUCUUUUAAGUACCAUGUAAAGACACACAAUCGAGAGAGAGAAAAGAAACCCUAUGAAUGCAAGCAGUGUGGUAAAACGUUCUAUAGUGCCAGUUACCUGAAAGAACAUGAGAACAUUCACAGUGGAAAGAAACCUUUUGAAUGUAAGCAGUGUGGUAAAGCCUUCCAUAAUUCCACUUCCUUCCGAAGACAUAACAAAUUGCACACUGGAGAAAAGCCACAUGUAUGUGAGCAAUGUGGGAAAACCUUUGCUUUUUCUAGUUCCUUUCGGAGACAUAACAAAGUUCACACUGGAGAAAAACCACAUGUAUGUGAGCAGUGUGGGAGAGCCUUUGCUUGUUCUGGUUCCCUUCGGAGACAUAACAAAGUUCACACUGGAGAAAAACCACAUGUAUGUGAGCAGUGUGGGAGAGCCUUUGCUUGUUCUGGUUCCCUUCAGAGACAUAAAAGAACUCACACAGGAGAGAAACCCUAUAGAUGUAUGCACUGUGGAAAAGCCUUCAGUUCUGACAGUGCCUUUCGGAGACAUAAAAGAGCUCACACAGGAGAGAAACCCUAUAGAUGUAUGCACUGUGGAAAAGCCUUCAGUUCUGACAGUGCCUUUCGGAGACAUAAAAGAGCUCACACAGGAGAGAAACCCUAUAGAUGUAUGCACUGUGGAAAAGCCUUCCGUUCUGACAGUGCCUUUAGAAGACAUAAAAGAGUGCAUACUGAAGAGAAACCAUAUUUUGACAGCAUUGCAGCAGAGCCUUCAUUUAUCCCUCUUCAUUUAAAUACCACGUAAGAGAAACCUUAUGUAUAUGAGCAAUGUGGGAAAACCUUCCUUAUUUUGAAUUAUUUUAUAGCACAUGAACAAGCUCACAGGGGCAAAUCCUAUGUGUGUAAGCAGUGUGAGAAAAUCUUGUUUCUCAGUUCCCUUCAAAUACAUGAAAAGAUUAUACACUGGAGAGAGACCCUACGUUUUUGAGCAGUGUGGGAAAGCAUUCCGUUGUUCCAUUGCCCUGAGAACCCAUAAAAAAACGCACAGUGCAGCGAACCUGUACGAACUCAAGCAGUGUGGUAAAGCAUUUGGUGAUCCCAGUUCCCCGAAAACAUGAAAAAAAUUUACAGUGGAGAGAAACCCUAUGCAUAAAAGUCUCCAUUUGGCUCACACAUGUGGAUGCACACUGAAUCAAACCUUGUCAUUGUGAAGAAAAAAAAUAAAACCCAAGAAAGUUAUUAGUUGAAACACAUUUUCGAUUAAUGAAAAAUUGUCAUGUAGUGCAAUCUUAUGAGUAAUAUGAAGAACUCGAUGCAAAGUAAUUUGUGUAAAAUACUCCAGAAAAUACGCAAUCUGAAGGAAAUACUACAAGUUAUGAUAAAGAUUGUGUUUAUCAGGGGCUCAUUCUUGUUGUGGGGGAGUAAUGGGAGUUGCAUCCAAGGGCACUAUACUACUGAGCUACAUCCCCAGCCCUUUUUCAGGCAAUAUAGAGGGUGGAGCAUCAUACUCCUUACAACCCCACCUACAACUGCUGAGAAUAUUUUGAACUCCAAUGGAAAGAGUUCUUUAAAUUUUCAUCAAGAUUUAAAAAUUUUUUUAAAAAUUCUUUUUCUCUGUUUAAUUAUUACCUUGAUGGUACAUGGACAUUUAUACAGUUUAAAAUUUUUCUUCUAGUAUUUUUGAAGCCAGUUUUUUUUUUCAUGGAUUAGGUUUUUUGUUAAACAGGAUGCUUGAUUAGUAUAUUUUAGUAUUGUUUUGUAUUUAUUUUUAAUUUUGAAAGUUUUUACUUUACAUAUUUUUUUCUUCUACCUGUUUCCCUUGAUUCUCUUCUGCUAGCAGCCAAUCUCUAUUCUCUUUCACGCUUCCUUUAAUUUUUUACUUCUCUCCUCCCUCAUAAUCUCACAUCCUAUCAUUUCUGUUUUCUCUGUCCACCAUUUGAAAGUAUAAACCCUUUUGCAAGCUGGUUGUUAUUAUUGUAGGCAAUAACUGAUCAUAUAAUUUCUGUUUAUUAUGAUAAUUUGUAGACAUCAUAGUAGAAAUAUUUGGUUUAAUGCUAUAUAUUGUUUGUAUUGGUUAUUGUUAAUUAUUUGUCUACCCUUUGAGGUAUGUUAAACCUUCAGAGACACUAUAAGUCCACAGAUAGAAACUCUGCUGCCUCAGAUCCAUAUUGUUAGAUGGGUAGACAUACAAACAACAUGAAAAAUCAUCACCUCAAGCAAACUAAGAUACUUCAAUAACAGAAUCCAUUGACACCACAGUGGAAGAAAUGUUAGAGGAGUGAAUAUCAGAGAAAAUACAGAAAGUAAAAGGUCACUUCAAUAGAGAGGGGCAGAGAUUGGGGGGGGAGAACUCUUUGAAAUGAAAGAAUCAAUAAACCAAAUUAAACAUUCAAUGGAAAGCAUCACCAAUAGACGAGAUCACUUGGAAGACAAAACCUCAGGCAAUGAAGACAAAAUAUAUAACCUUAAAAAUAAAGUCAACCAUAGUGAGAAGAUGUUAAAAUAUAAACAGAACUUUCAAGAACUAUGGGUUAACAUGAGAAGACUGAACUUAAAAAUUUUUCUUAUCAGGAUAGAUGAAGACGUGGAGAUACAAAUCAAAGGAAUGCACAAUCUCUUCAAUGAAAUAACAGAAAAUUUCCCAAACCUAAAGAAUGAAAUGGAAAAUCAAAUACAAGAGGCAUACAGGAUCCCAAAUGCACAAAAUUACAACAGACCCAUACCAAGGCACAUUAUAAUGGAAAUGCCUAACAUACAGAAUAAAGAUAGAAUUUUAAAGCUGAAAGAGAAAACUAUAAGAUUACUUAUAGGAGGAAACCAAUUUAGAUCUCAGGUGAUUUCUCAACCCAGAUCCUCAAAGCUAGGAGUUCCUGGAAUAACAUACCAAACUCAAAGAAAAUGGGUGCCAACCAAGAACCCAAAUCCAGCAAAAUUAAGCUUCAGAUUUGAAGAUGAAAUAAAAACUUUCCAUGAUAAACAAAAGAAAAGGAAUUUGAAACUAGAAAGCCUGCACUA